CGCUCCUGCUGCUGAGGCCGAGACAUGAAUGCGAUGAAUGUGGGGCUCACUUCAAAGCGAAUCGGGAGGGCAGCGAGAGGGGUGUUGUAAUGUCGUUAACGAAGGAAAAAACGCGAGGAAGCGAUCUGCUUUUAGAUCCCCGCUUUUUAUGAUGUUCCACCACACGAGCGGAAUGAGUGUGUAUUGGUUUUAAUUGUGAUUUAAUGAUUAGCGCGUUAUAAGAGCGUGUUCGCGCACUAGUUGAGUCGGAUCGCUUCAGUUGUAGCGAACAAGCUAGCUAGCAAUGUCGGCUAACGUACUCGAAGAUGGUGAAAGUGUUUUUCGCCAUCUCCGUUCACUUCUUAGGGAAGGUCUCGCGCCGCACGUACUUCCUUCCCUCGUUCGUUACGUUUUCCUUUGAUGUUUUUGCUUUUCAAUGCCUUUAUUUGUGUUACCGUAGGUUGUUUAUUUGUAGCCUCUAGUGUCUUGCUGCUUCAGUCUACAAUUCUAGCUUUAUUUUAUACACAUUUACGUUUGUCUGCGAUGGAUUUAUUGUGGUGUGGAUAAAACACGACGGGUGAUAAACUCGUGUCGUGUGUGUAUGUGUGUGUGCACGUACGUGUACUUGGGUGCUGGAUUAGCCAACUAACUUAACGGGUUGCAGUUAUAGUUUCCUUAAAAGUUUAAGCUUGUACAGUAAUCUUUAGGCUUGGACACGGAUAGCUCGAGGCUUCUUUUCUCUGUAACUCGGUUAUCGACAACAUAUCAGAUCUGUUUGGCAGGCAGUCACAGGUUUUAAGGUCGAAACAUGAAAGUGUUGGAUUUAUGGCCUGUCACAGGAGGAAUUCUUUAGCCGUGGCAUUAAAAGGAGUCUGGAUAUAAACUUUCUGGCUUGUGGGCUGUACUGGGACGGGGUGCAUGGACACUGUGAGAAUGAGUGUAAACGAAAAGGGCUGUUAUCUGACAGAUCUGGGUGGCAGCUUCACUGAGAAUGCCCCCAGACCCCCGGUCCCCGGUGAGGAGGGCGAUCUGGUGUCCAGCGAUGGGCGGCAAUACGGCCACAGUUUUUACUCCUCCAAGAGCGAGAUCCUCAAGAACGAGGCCUCCAUAGCUACGCCCAGGAGACCCGAUUUGGAUCUGGGCUACGAGCCCGAGGGCAGCGCUUCCCCGACGCCACCCUACCUGAAGUGGGCCGAGUCGUUGCACUCUCUGCUGGACGAUCAAGACGGCAUCCACUUGUUCAGGACUUUCCUAAAACAGGAGGGUUGCGCCGACAUGCUGGACUUCUGGUUCGCCUGCAGCGGCUUCCGGAAGCAGGAGACGAACGAAGGCAACGAGGAGAAGAUGCUUAAACUCGCGAAAGCCAUUUAUAAAAAGUACAUAUUGGAUAACAACGGGAUUGUGUCGAGGCAGAUCAAACCGGCCACCAAAAGCUUCAUCAAGGACUGCGUGAUGAAGCUUCACAUCGAUCCCGCUAUGUUCGACCAGGCUCAGACGGAGAUUCAGACUAUGAUGGAGGAGAACACCUACCCUUUGUUUUUGAAGUCCGACAUAUAUUUGGAAUACACCAGGACGGGUGGGGAAAGUCCCAAACUGUUCAGUGACCAGAGCUCGGUGUCGGGAAAUGGCAGAGUCUUGCCGGGGCAUUUGUCAACUGUGAAGGAGGACGAAGAAUGGAGGUGCGACCAGGGCCAGGACCAUCACCCGGAAAGUGAUCCCACCCCGAGCAACAGGCUGACCCAGAAGCUGCUUUUGGAAACCGUACCUCAACGGGUGGCCACCAGUAAGAGAUAUCACGACAACCUUGAAUACAGGCAUGCGUCAUGGAGGGAGCCCGUCAAUCCUUACUACGUGAACACCGGCUACGCCAUGGCUCCCGCCACCAGCGCCAACGACAGCGAGCAGCAGAGCAUGUCCAGCGACGCAGACACCCUCUCCCUGACCGACAGCAGCGUAGACGGAAUCCCACCGUACAGAUACCGCAAACCCCACCGACGCGAGAUACACGAAAGUGCCAAAGUUAACGGGCGAGUGCCACUACCUCAUAUUCCUCGCACAAACCGGAUUCCAAAGGAUAUUCACGUGGACCCGGAGAAGUUCGCAGCGGAGCUGAUCAGCCGGCUGGAGGGGGUGCUGAGGGAACGCGAGGCGCAAGAGAAACUGGAGGAGAGACUCAAGAGAGUUCGACUGGAAGAAGAAGGUGAUGAUGCAGAUGUCUCCACCGCCCCCUCACUGGCCAAUCACAGGAUUCCUCCUGCCCACGUGCAGCAUUACGGCGGACGCUACUCUGAAAUGAGCUACAACGGGUUGCAACUUCGAGACGCUCACGAGGAGAACCCCGAGAGCAUCCUGGAUGAGCACGUCCAGCGUGUCAUGAAAACUCCAGGCUGUCAGUCUCCCGGAACGGGCCGCCAUUCUCCAAAGUCCCGAUCUCCAGACGGGCUGCCCGCGGGCAAGAUGCCUGGGAUGAUAAUGCCGCUGCCUGGUGGACAGGGCAAGCACCAGGCUCGGCCCGGACCUAAAGGUGAGGCGGCCCACCUGCACCAUCACAAACACGUCCACCACACGCACUAUCCCGCCGGGGGGAAACCCAAAGAGCAGGCGGAGGUGGACGCAACCAGAAGCUUUGCCUGGAACAUGGAGCAACACCACUUUGGAUCCAAGUCGCGGAACUAUGCGGAUGGCAUGAGCGUCGGCCCCAAUGCCAUGGACCCCAUGGGUUACGGCAGUAAAGGCAGCACGCUGUCCAAACGAACCGUCAGGAAGGAAAACGAUGGGAGGAACUACGAGCUGCGAGACCCCUUCCAACCCGAGGAUGUGGAAAGGAACCAGAAGAUUCUGCAGUGGAUGAUGGAAGGAGAGAAAGAAGCUGGACGCUACAAGAAGAGCCCUUACGGAAGCAUCUCAGGCUCCAAGAAGGCCCCGAGUCACGAGGUGUCGAGGCCCAGCUCUGUGGAGAGGCCAGGGGCCGUCCACCCUUGGGUCACCGCUCAGCUCCGCAACAACGUGCAGCCCUCGCAUCCUUUCAUCCAGGAUCCGACCAUGCCCCCCAACCCUGCCCCCAACCCCCUCACCCAGCUUGAGGAGGCGCGCAGGAGGCUUGAAGAGGAGAAGAAGAAAUCUGGUACUUUGCAGGCUAAGCAAAGGUAUGUGAUGGAAGUGAUCCAGAGGGGUCGCACCGCUGUCAGGCCCGCUACGAUUCCCGCGCUCAGUGUGGUGCCGGCCGUCUCCAACACGGAGUUCUUUGAGAGAGAGCACAAGAAUAUGAAGAAACAGCCGUGUGAGAACAUCACUGUGGCUUAUUACUUCUGCGGAGAGCCAAUACCGUACAGAACAUCUGUUAAAGGGAGGAUUGUCACGCUGGGACAGUUCAAGGAGCUGCUGACCAAGAAAGGGAGCUACAGGUAUUAUUUCAAGAAAGUGAGCGACGAGUUUGACUGCGGAGUUGUGUUCGAGGAGGUGCGCGAAGACGAUGCAAUCCUGCCCAUCUUCGAGGAGAAGAUCAUCGGAAAAGUUGAGAAGAUUGACUGAAGUGGAGAGAAGAGAGGAGGAAAGGAGGUGCGCUGAGAGGAGCAGCGGGAUGUGGAGUAUAAAAGAGGGAGCAGUGUAGAGGUGCCGAGAUUGGUACAGGGUGUUUGGACGUGCAGGAGAGAGAGGGCUGGGGCGCUUGCUGUGGAAAGUACACUAUUUACUCGCAGGUUUCUACCUCUGCGCAGCGCUGAACCGCAUCAUCGCACGCGCAGAGUCCACAGACAGCCUUCGGACUCACGAGACGCCGUUCUCUCUCUCUCACCUUUGGUAUAUUUCUAACUCCGAAAUGUAAUGUAGCAAUGUAAAGUUAGACUAGAAAAAAGUACUAUGAAUAUGUUUACUAAAGCUGCAUAUUUUUGAUAUGACGUAUCAGAAGGAAACAUAUCCUUUCUAAUUUAACAACUCUUGUAAUUUUAUAUGUACUGGUACCAGAUGUGUACAGACUGUCUGUUUAAAAGCAAAAAGAGAAAGUUUUAUAUCUAUUUAAAUAUUUAAAAAAAAAAGGAAAAAGAAAUCGGUUCACCCGCAUCGAAGCUGCGGCAUCAACGCGGCAGUUUUCACCAAGCUCCGAGACCAGAAAGGCGAAACUAUAGCUCACGCUUUACCAAGUGCUUUUAACUCAUACAACCAGUUUCUAGAGGACGGUCAGCUAGGACUGCUUUAUGCAUUGAUGUCACAUUGCGCACGGAUGCACGGUCGCUCUGGGGCAUUUGACCCGGCCUGAGCAGUUGAACUGACCGUGAAUAAGCACACCUGCGCUACUUAAAAGAUAUAUAGCCUUGUAGUUUAUAUGCUAAAAAUGGAGAAGGGGUACAAGAUCAUUUUCCAGGCGCUUGUCUCUAUGAAGUAAUGGGAUGUUUUUAGGACGCGAGUAUGCAGUUCUGGUUGUAUGAAUGCACAUGUUUAUGCUCCCGGGGUCCAUUGUCUAAUUGGACAUCACACCAAUCAUGUUUACACUUACCUUAUUGUAUUACAGUAAAUGGGAACGAAUAGAGAAUUGUAGCCUUUUAGCUUAACACGGCUGAAUUUGGUGCCUGGCAAAACGAAUGGUUUUAACGUAGAUUUAGCCUAACACGGUCUGCCUUGUUGGGAUCAUAAACACCAAAGAGAAUAAAAUGGGAGUCGAUUUGCGUUGUUGGUUUCGACAAUGCGAGUGAUGCUCCUCCGUUGCAAUACGCAGCGUUAAGGCUGUGUGUUAUAAUGUACGCUGGUGCUGAUCUGCGAUGUGUACUAACCGCUAAGAAUGACCUGGAGACAGAUCUAGACGUUGUAUGUACCAUCAUGUCUUCUCCAGUGUCCAAUAUUUACAAUUUUCAGUAAUAUUAGUUUUAAGUUGCCCGUUUUUCUUUUUCGUAUUUUUUAAUCACUCGUUCGUAUCGAAUCAUGUCAGUCCUCCACCCACUUGAACAAUACGAGUACUCGGUAUGGCUCGAUAAGACAUAAUACGGAACAUUUCCUGUUUUCGCGAAUCGCGCGUAAUUGUCACAGUGCUUUUGUUUUCAUCGGGGAUGUCGAGAGUUACUACUGUGAAUAGUCUGGACGUGAGCUCCUCUCACUGAAUGAUGGAUAUCCUGUAUAUAUAAACAUCACACAGAGUGCCUUCUGACCGUGACCAUGCUCAUCUCUCAUUCACUGUCUGCUCUCCUCACUCCAUGUGUCUAGUACCAGGGACUUGCAUUAUGUUUUUAAGAACUUUUUUGUUAGUUUCCUAUGCGAAGAGCAUCGCCACACUUUUAAGUCUUUUUGUGUAAAUAUGUACAUUUUUCUAUGUGUCUUCAACUACAACCAGCAAACUCAUUUGGAUAUUUAGAGCCCUGGUUCUGCUUUAGUGUGCAGAGUUGUACAGUUAUCAUUUUAUGGUACUUUGGACAAUAAAGACAUGUAAUAAAAUAUA